AUGCAUUCGUUAAAAUUAUGGCUGCUAAAAUUGUUUUCUUGUUCCUCUCUUGUGCAGUGUUGACAAAUUUUGUACAAUGUCAGUUUAAUUGGUUGGAUCAUUUAAAAAAGUGUAUGAUUCGUGAUCGAAUGUUUACUCUGAUCUUAUUCAUUUGGGAUCAAAGCAAUAAACGACAAGCUCAGGAAGUUUCGCAAAUUUUCUCAGACUGGCAAAAUAAUGUCUCAAUGAUUAUAAUGGACAAAGAUUCGGAAUAUGGCAUAUUGGAUGAAUAUUUACUAUAUUCGUCAAAUUUGAUUAUUUCCAUACUGCAGAUCAAGGAGAAUUAUAGCGUAAGGAAUGUACAAAGAGAAUUUAGCGGUGCAACUUCGUACGCGGCUCCCCAAAAAAUGACGAUAUACUUCAUCAUCGUUUAUCAUUCUCCAAAUAUUUCGAACGAAAUGAUAAAAUCAACUUUGAUAAGAUGGCACAAACUGCACAAGGAUGCGCCACUGAAAGUUCUCGAAAUUAUUGAAAACGUUAGAAAUACUAAUACGCUUCGUAAUUCUAAAUCUACAUCGACUGCUUUGAUGCAUAGCUAUGAUUACUAUACAAAAUUAUACAGUAUCACUGCGUUUUCUAAAAUUCAUUCCAUAUUCGAUUUAAGUCAAGUGAAUUUACAGAACAAAGUGCUGACAAUGGUGCUGAAACCAAAUCCACCUAACUUGGAUGCCCAGUUGAAUUCAGAUGGCUGCUACGAUUCGCAAACGUUAGUUGGCCCUCAGGGGCUUAUAUUAAAGCAAAUAGCCGAAUCUAGUAAUUUUCAAUGGAAGAUACUGAAGGAGUCUUAUCAAUUUAUUAGACAAGCAAGAAAAACGUCAAAUCAAAGUUGCAUCGUCUAUGAUUCGUUCUCAAAUCUAGUUGGAAACAAAAUAGAUGUAAUGGGCAAUUUUGAGUAUAUGCCGUAUCUGCUAAAUUUUGAGAAAAUGAACAGUUCUAUAACUGCUGUUCAGUUGAAAUAUUUGGGUAAAAGUUAUAUGCGUCGUUCUGAGCCACUAGUUGUUAUAGUACCGAUACUCUAUCGAAACGGUAUACAAUUGUCCGAAAACUUUCUGACACUAUUCAUUUCCACUCUGGUAAUUGUAAUUAUCAUAAGAAUUACAGUUAAAUUAAUGAAAUUCAACGACGAAGUUUGGAAUAUAAAAAAUAUUUUGUAUGCUAUUUUCGGAAUGGACAUAGCUAUAAGUAAUGCUAACAUUACUGAAAGCAUAAUUCUGACCUGUAUAUUGUUCUUGUCGGUGAUAUAUUCGGUCGGGAUCAUCGAUGAAUUGGUGGACAUUCAGUUGGAACUCAAUCAACUACUGGAGAUGAAUACAUUGGUAAAGCUUCAAGAGUACAACCUUUCACUCAUGACCGACAAUUACAACAAGUACUUAUUGCUGGAGUCCCACAACCCGGCGGUAAUCUCUCUCGCUGAAAAUGCGAUUACUACAUUUGACUACAAGAUUAGAGAAGAUUGCAUUAACAAUCUUCUACUUAAAUCUUACAAGAAUCUGACGUGUAUGCAAUACCAAUCGAAAGCUGAGAGCGUAGUCCGAAAUUCCAUUUUGAUACAUGGCGAGGCGAACGUUAAAAUUUUAAAAGAAUACUUGGUUAUGCACUGGGCAACGAUAUUUACCAGACCAAAAUUUUUGUACGUGAAGCGAUUUGAGCAAGUGGUACAGUAUUUAACCGAAGCCGGUCUGGUGGAUAAGUGGUAUAAAACUGAAAUGAUUCGAAGCAAGGAAGAAAAGAAAACAAUCGUAGAAUCGAAUGAUUUAGAAAAUAAUCCAAAUACAAGUCAAGGAUUUAGACAGUUAUUGACUGUAGCUAUCUUUGGCUACAUCUUAGCAUUCAUAAUUCUGAUAGGCGAAAUAAUUGCAUCGCGAUUCGGAAGAAAAUUCAGUUUCAGUGUAUUUUUGAAUAACAUGAAAACAAAAGUUUUUCACCCCGUUUGCAAACAAAUAAACUUGGGUUUCAAGCGCACCAGUAGCCAGAUAUUCAGAAUAAAAAAUGGUUUGAUUAGUGGAAUGCGCAAUUCCUGAACGUAAUGUUUCAGAUGAUAGCAGGUACUGAAAUCGAGCUACGUAUAACGUUGAACUGAUACUUACAGUUUUUAAUCGAUUAAAUAAUGUAUGCACAAUAUCAAAAAUGUUUUGAUCCCUAUUAUCUUGUGUGCUUAACGUUUAUAUGUUAAGAAAAAUUUUCGAUGUCUGAUAAAUAUUGUAGAAUAAUUAUUAAUGU